CAUCAGCAUCAGCAUCAGCAUCGCCAUCGCCAUCGCCAUCGCCAUCGCCAUCGGCAUUGCUGCUCAGCCAAAGUGCAUACUCAAUCUGCUCCUGCGGGUCCAGCCCCAAUCCGCCAAAGCGGUCGUCCAGGUAGCUCUGCUCCUCCGCCCACCGCAUGCGCCGACCGCGCUCCUCCUCGGACUCGACCCGCAAUGCGCUAAGCUCAUCGGCCAGCUCGCGCGCACCCUGCACGCGCGCCGACACUGCGCCCGCACAACCGCGGCGCUGCCUAUUGCGCGACCGGCCACCAGCCACCGCGGGAGGUGGCUCGGUAACGUGGCAUGCGUGGAUAUGGGUGCCGCUGGCCACCAGCAGGCGGUCAUUGGUGAGUGCCAAGUGUGGGACCAGGGUCGGGAACCCGCGCACGGGCAGGUCCGGGUCAAUCUGCGCCCAGGUAAAGUACCCCAGCACCUGGUCCACGGCCGCUGCACCCAUGUUUUCCGUGCGGUCCAGGCGGUCGCCCGUUUGCUCGGCCACCUGGCGCGCCCACUGCUCCGCCGUGCGUGCCCCCAGCGCCUGGGCUAGCCGCACGGCCACCUGCACGUGGUGCUCUUGCUGGAGCAGCGGCGACCGCACGGCGUGGUGCCACUGCGCCAGGGCGCUGCUGCGGCCGCCCGACCGGCACCGCAGGGACGAGAGCCGCUGGCCGGUGAGCGGCUCCAGAACCGCCACCUGGCCGUCGCGCGCUGCCGAAACCACCACGGCGGCGCUGCUCUGGACCGACGAGACUGCCAGCCGAUGCAGGUGCGGCCACGCGUGGAUGGCCGGCGACCCAGAGCCCGCGCCAAAGUCAAACAUCAUCAGGCUGCCGGCGGCAUCGCCAAUGAGGAGCAGCUGUGUGGCCGACGAUGCGCUGGCGGCGGCGGCAGCAGCGGCGGGGGGCGGUGGGAUGCGCAGCGUUGGCGUGGUCGGCGGUACGCCGGGCUCCGACGCGCUGCCUCCUGGCGAGGCCGGCGGCGAGGGCGUGCCCCACCGCGGCGGCCGCGAGAUUCCCGGCACGCGGCCGGCCGGCACGGCAAAGUCUACGGACGCAGCCGUCAGUGGCGCCGCAGCCGGCGGCAGCGGCACGGCAAAGCGCGCGAGCACCGCGCCGCUGCGCGCAUCCACGCGCCAAACGCCGCCGCGCUCGGUCGCCAAGCAGAACACGGGCGCCAGCGGAUCACCAGCGAGCAUGACCACAGGCCCGGCGGCCGCGCCCAGGGCCACGCGCACGGGCCCAGGCGCCUCGGGCCCAGCCUCCAGGUCCCACAGCAGCAGCGCCGCCGCCGAGGCCGCCGCCACAAAGCGCACGCCCGCGGCCCACGCCACAGCCACCAGUGGCCGCCGAUCGCCGGCGCUCAGCUCCCGGUGGUGCGCGCCCGUGUGGUCCCACCACAGGCGCACGCACCCGAGCGCGUCUGCGCCGGCCACCAGCAGCGCAUCCGGAACAUCAUACCUGCUGCGCCAGUCCGCGCCCUGCGCCAGCGCGUCCGCGCACCCGGCGACCGCCAGCACUGGCGCGGUGCCGGUGCGCAUCUGCCGCACGAUCGCGCGCGCGCGGCCCUGCGGCGUCAAAUGCACGGCGGCGCCGCUGCCAUCAGCCAUCCCCCACACAACACCAUCGACGCGCGUCGCCACGCUGCUCCCGCGGCCGCCGCACACCACCGGCGCCAGCAUCCGGCCCGAUCGCGCAUCCACCAGCAUCGCCGCCGCCGCGCCUACGCUUACGGCCAGCGCCCACGUGCUGCCGCCCACAAUGCGGUCGACCAUCCCGGUGCGCGCGCAGUAUUCCAGCCGCUGGUGGUGCCGCGUGCCGAGCCAGCGCCGCCGCAGCCGCAGACGCUGCGUGAACUCUUGGCGCCAGCUGGUGGCGGAGAUGCGCGAGAAUGGGAGCUGCGUGAAUUCCUGGGCUAGGGCGCGUCGCCAGCUGCCGUCGUCUGUCACCACCCGCCGCCAUCGCCGACUGACUGCCCCGGCGCGUUCCAGAGCGGCGGCUGUGAGGUUUGAUAGGAUUAGCGCAAGGAGCUCGUCUGGGACUGCGUCGAACGGCGACUGGCUGUGGCUCAUUUUAGUUUAAUUGAAUUGGAAAGGCCUUAUGCGGAAUUCUAGCGGAAUUCUAAGGGUUUUUAUCGCGGAAUUCGUAAAAUAAAUCAAUAAAUGAAUAAAAGAUUGAAUUCCGCUGUGGAGACCAGUGCAGAUUUGUAGCCAAAAGCUCCAAGUUGCUGCGGCAACGAAGAUAUUUUCAAUUAUCAAUUUUUACAUUACUGCUC